AAUUAGAGGAGGCUUUUUCUAAAUGCAUGCCGCUCUGAGGGGAUGCACAGGCACAUGAAUAUUGUGAUCUUAUCUGCUGAAAAUGAGGCGAAAAGCAUAUAAACGGGUCAUCACAGAUAGCCAACUCCUAUCUGCCUCCCCAGGCAAGACUUAGAGCUUUGACUGUUGGUUUGUGGUUAGAGUUCAAACUUGGCUUCGACAUUCAGCCGACCAGCAGCAGCGGCAGCAGAGGCAACAGCUAUACACACAUGAGAGCCAAGGCAGAGAGAAAAAUAUGAAAAAGAUAUACAUUGGCAAAACUGCCCUCAAAACACAGAGAAAUGGUUGCAAACAUCAGAAAAGAAGCUCUUUCCACGACCACAAGGAUGACCUCCGCAAGCGCCUGUCCUACACCACCCACAAACUAGAGAUGGUGGAGACGGAGUUCGAUUCCACUCGGCAGUACCUUGAGACUGAGCUGCGCCGGGCCCAGGAGGAACUGGAGAAAUUUACAGAGAAACUACGCAGGAUCCAGAGUAGCUAUGCAGCUCUUCAGAGGAUCAACCAGGAUUUGGAGGACAAGAUGCACAGGACGGUUCCCUCAUACACAGACAGCCUGGUCUCAGAGUAA